AUGAUGGUGAACGAUCUGUUUGAAGAUAUCAAAGAUGGGGUAAUGCUAAUUGCCCUUUUGGAGGUUCUUUCAGGGCAGAAGCUGCCUUGUGAGCAGGGACGGCAGCUGAAGAGAAUUCACUGGGUUGCCAACAUUGGUACAGCUCUUAAGUUUCUAGAAGGAAGACGGAUUAAACUUGUCAACAUAAAUUCAACUGAUAUUGCUGAUGGCAGGCCUUCUAUAGUGCUCGGCUUGGUGUGGACCAUAAUUUUGUAUUUUCAGAUUGAAGAGCUUACCAGCAACCUCCCACAGCUGCAGUCGUUGUCUAGCAGUGCUUCUUCUGUGGAGAGUGUUGUCAGUUCAGAAACUGCGAGUCCCCCAAGCAAACGGAAGGUGGUAACCAAGGUCCAAGGAAGCGCCAGGAAGGCUUUGUUAAAAUGGAUACAGUACACAGCAGCAAAGCAAGUUGGAAUUGAAAUCAAAGACUUUGGACAAAGUUGGAGGAGUGGUGUUGCAUUUCAUUCCGUUAUUCAUGCUAUCCGCCCAGAUUUAGUGGACAUGGAGAAAGUGAGGGGAAGGUCAAAUAGAGAAAACCUGGAAGAAGCCUUCACACUUGCAGAAGCAGAACUAGGCAUUCCAAGGCUCCUUGAUCCAGAAGAUGUGGAUGUUGACAAGCCAGAUGAAAAGUCUGUCAUGACCUAUGUAGCCCAGUUUUUGAAGUACUAUCCUGACCCUCAUCAUACAGUGACUGAUGUGCAGGAGAAUGAUGAACUUCAGGAAAUCCCAACUUUUGUCAUUUCUUUUAUGAAAUUUAAGAAGGAAGACAGACUGAUGCUGAGAGACCUGAAAGUGUGGGCAGAACAAUUUGAAAGAGACUUAGCCCGAGCACAGGUGGCAGAAACAAGCUUACAGGAGAAAUACCAGUCAUUUAAGCAUUUCAGAGUACAAUAUGAGGUAAAAAGGAAACAGAUUGAACUUGUAACUCAGUCAUUAAGGAAAGAUGGUAAAUUAUCACUUGAUCAAGCUAUGGUGAAGCAAGCAUGGGACAGAGUUUCUUCCAGGCUACUUGAUUGGCACAUACACCUUGAUAAAUCUCUUCCUGCACCUUUGGGUACCAUAGGUGCUUGGCUCUACAGAGCAGAGACUGCUCUGAGGGAAGACAUAACUGUUCAGCAAACUCACGAGGAAACAGCAAACACGAUACACCGGAAGCUUGAACAACACAAGGAUCUGCUGAAAAACAUAGAUGGUCACAAAAAGGCAUUCCAUGAGAUCCACAGGGCCAGGUCUGUUAACGGAGUGCCUGUUCCACCUGACCAAUUAGAAGAUAUGGCAGACAGGUUUAAUUUUGUUGUCUCUUCAUCUGAGCUCCAUCUGUUGAAGAUGGAGUUUCUGGAACUGAAGUAUCGUCUACUGUCACUCUUAGUCCUUGCAGAAUCAAAGUUAAAAUCGUGGAUUAUCAAAUAUGGAAGGCGAGAGUCAGUGGAACUGCUUCUUCAAAAUUAUAUCUCUGUUAUUGAAAAUAGUAAGUUCUUUGAGCAGUAUGAAGUUACUUACCAGAUCUUGAAAAAAGCAGCUGAAAUGUACGUCAAAGCAAACGGCUCAGUGGAAGAAGUUGAGAAUGUGAUGAAAUUCAUGAAUGAAACAACAGCACAGUGGAGGAACCUAUCGGUAGAGGUGAGAAGUGUAAGAAGCAUGUUGGAAGAAGUAAUUUCUAAUUGGGACAGAUAUAGCAGCACUGUGGCAGGUCUACAAGCUUGGCUAGAGGAUGCUGAAAAAAUGCUGAAUCAACCUGAACAUUCCAAAAAGGAUUUCUUCCGGCACUUACCUCAUUGGAUCCAACAGCACACAGCCAUGAAUGAUGCUGGUAAUUUUCUGAUUGAAACAUGUGAUGAGACCAUUUCCAGAGACCUUAAACAGCAGCUUCUGUUACUAAAUGGAAGAUGGAGAGAAUUGUUUAUGCAAGUUAAGCAGUAUGCUCGAGCAGAUGAACUGGACAAAAUCAGGAAGGAAUACCUGGAUGGUGUUGCCCAUUUGACAGCUUUUAUUGACGGAAGCAACAGGAAGUUUUUGGUCCCUGUAGAAGUGUCCUUUCUUGAUGUGAAAAUGUUUAUACAAGAUUUAGAAAAUAUUAAGCAGAAAUUGCCUGCAAUGGAAGCUCAGUACAAAAUGGUUACAAGAACAGCACAACUUGUUAAAAAAGAAGUUUCCCAAGAGGAAGUGAACGAAAUGCUUGGAACAUUGACAAAGAUCAAAGAGCAGCUGAGCAAGGUUAAGGAGUAUUCCUGUGCCCUGCUGUAUGAAUGCCAGCGUCUACUGUCUCCACUGGAAGAACUGGAGAAACAAAUCACACAUUUCUAUGAAUCUCUUGAAAAAGUCAAUGAAAUAAUUUCUAUCCUGGAUCCUGAAGCACAACCCACAACUGUUCUUAAACAAAAAGCCCAAGAUUUGGUAGCUUAUCAAGAAAACUGCAAGAAAGAUUUGUCCCUGAUUGAGAGAAAUAGUCAGAGUAUCCUGCAGUGUGUGGCUUCGAGUGAAGUGUUACAGCAUUUCCAUCAAUCAACAUUUCAGAAGAAAGUUACACAAGUUCAGAUUACUUUUCAGAAUAUGGUCAGGAAAGCUGGUGACUGGAGAAAAAACAUAGAAGCAAAUAGCCGUUUGAUGAAGAAAUUUGAGGAGUCUAGAGCAGAACUGGAGAAUGUAAUACAGAUUGCCAAUUGUUGCUUAAAAGAAAAAGGAAAUCCUGAAGAACUUCUCAGGAAACAUAGCGAAUUCUUUAACCAGUUGGAUCAGAGAGUCCUAAAUGCCUUUCUGAAAGCUUGUGAUGAACUUACUGACAUCCUCCCAGAACAAGAGCAACACAACCUGCAGGAAGCUGUGAGAAAACUCCAUAGGCAGUGGAAGGAUCUUCAAACAGAAGCCCCAUAUCAUUUGAUCCACUUGAAGAUAGAAGUACAGAAAAGCAAGUUCCUGGUCAGUGUGGAGGAAUGCAAAGCUGAACUAGCUCGACAGAACAAGGUUUUAUCAAGAGAAGUCAAUGAAAGGAUGAUCGAGGAACACACGUUGUUCUUCGGUGACAAGGGACCUUACCACCUGUGUGCGAAAAGGCUACAAAGGAUUGAAGAACUGUGCCAAAAACUGCCAGUUUCUGAUCCAGUGAGGGCUACAUUGGAAAGCAGCCAACGAAUCCUGAAGGAACUCAAAUCCCAGAUAGACAGCACAUACAUGAAGCUAACAGAGCACUCGGACACCUGGAAGGGCUAUAAGAACAGAUUUUCUGAAUUGGCAAAUUGGAUUUCAGUAACAGAAAGAGAGCUAAAGAAGAUAAAGCAAAGUGUCAAUGAUACUGCCAAAUACAAGCAGUGUAAAGCAUCUGUGGGGGAAAUUAGGAAGCACAUUAACAAGCAAGGAGAAAAUCACAGCUGGCUGAAAUCUAGACUUGCUGUUUUGACCACAGUAUGUCCUGAUUUGGAGGCCAGAAAGACAGAGGAUGAGCUUUGUAAACUUUCCAGUGACUUCAAGGGACUCCUAGAUUUGCUGGCUGAGGUUGAAAAGACAAUAGGCACUGUUGGAGACUGUGUCCAGUACAAAGAAGAAGUUAAAAGUGCAAUUGAAGAGUUAAUCAACAACUCUAAAGAAGCCCAAGCAGAGGCUGAAAAGAUCCUGGAUACAGAAAGUUUAUUACAAGCUCAGCAACUACUACUUCAUCAUCAGCAAAGGACAAGAAGACUCCGUGCAAAAAGGCAAGAUGUGCAACAGCAGAUUUCCCAAGCUAAACAGUUGCAGAUUGAAGGUGGACUGCCCUGCACAAUGCAAGAGGAUUUACAAAAGUUGGAAGGAACAUUAGAGAACAUGCAGCAGACUAUGGAGAAACGUGAAGAGCAACUGCAGGUCACAAUAAAUAAAUGGGAGCAGUUUGAAAGGGACAAAGAAACAGUGGUAAAAUAUCUCAAUCAAGCAAGCUCUGCACUUGAACGUAUCUUAAACUUUAGCAGUUUAGAGAGCCUCUCCUCAGAGCUGGAUCAGACAAAGGAGCUUUCUAAACAGACUGAAGCAAUGGCAGUACAGGCUGAGAAUUUGGUGAAGAAUUCUUCUGAGAUACAACUUGGUUCAAAGAACAAGCAGUCCCUUCAACAACAGGCAAAAUCAAUCCAAGAACAAGUGAAAAAAGUGGAAGUUACUCUUGAAGAAGAUAUUAAAAGCAUGGAAAUGGUGAAAAACAAGUGGGAUCAUUUUGGCAAUAAUUUUGAAGCUCUGUCCGUCUGGAUAGCUGAACAAGAAAAAGAACUGGAAACUUUGGAAACAUCAUCAUCUCCUUUGGACAUACAGAUCAGCCAAAUCAAGGUUAUUAAUAAAGAAAUAGAUGGUAAAAUAACUGGAAUCUCAAAACUGGAAGAGGAAGCCGAGUCUUUUUCCCAGUUUGUUACGUCUGGAGAAUGUGCACGUAUUAAAGCCAAACUGACCCAGGUCAAAAGGUAUUGGGAAGAGCUAAGAGAUCAUGCACAGAGACUGGAAGGAACAAUCACAGGGAAUGCAUCAGCACAGCAGAAAUAUGAAGAAAAUCUUAAACAGGUGCAGCGGGCAGUGUCUGAAUUGGAAGCUAAGCUCGCUGAGCCGCUCACAUCAUGCUCAUCAGCAGCAGCGACGUACACAGCCCUUCAGGACUGCACGGACCUUUCUCAUACCGUGGAAAAACUGAGCAACUCUCUGGCCUCUCUCUCAGCCUGUGCCCGAAAGUUGGCCAACAAAGAAAAAGCUGCUCAGGAGGUCACAGCAUUACAGCAGAAAUAUGAAAAGGUGCUAGAAAAUGCUAAAGAGAAACAGACCUUAUUAGAGACUCUUCUGGCUCAGUGGCAGAAGCAGGAGAAGGAGCUGUCUGCCUUCCUGAGCUGGUUGGAGGGGUGUGAAGCUGCAGCCAGGCCUUCGGAGCAGUAUGUUUCUGCUGACAGAGUUAAACUGGAAAGUGAACUGCAGUCCCUGCAGGAUUUGAGAGCAGAUAUUGAGUCCCAUGCCUCAGUCUUUUCGAGCCUAUUACAGUUAAAUGAGACACUAUUCCCAACAGCUUCCAAACAGUGUGUGAAAACAAUAAAAGAAAAAUUUGAAGAGCUGGAUGAGAGGUGGAAAGCUUUACCACAAACUGUUGAUAAAAGGAUCAACUUCCUUCAAUCUCUUGUUACUGAGCAUGGGCAGUUUGAUGAGCUCCUGCUCAGGUUUUCAGACUGGAUUAAGCAAUUCCUUGCUGAACUACAAGCCACUUCAGAGAUAAACACAGCUGAUCGACAACUAGCUGCAUCUCACAAUAAGAACCACUCAAUGGAAGUCGAAAGUAAGAAGCAGCAGCUACAAAGUCUGAAGGAACAUGUAGAUAAAUUGUGUUCUUUCAGCUGCCCAGAGGACCAGCAGGCAUUGCAGGGAAAGACUGAAGAUUGCUUUCAGCUCUUCCAGGAAGCAAGUCAAAUAACUAGCCAAAGACAAGAGGCUCUGGAUCAGCUGCGGGUAUUCCUGGAGCUCCAUAGUGCUGCAUCAGGAGUGCUCCACCAGCUGAAGCAGACGGUGGAGAAAACAGGAAAUAUGGAUAAAGCUAAAUCUGAAUUACUGGAGAAGGAACUCAAUGAUGUUAUUCAAGAUCUUAACAAGCUGGAAUCUGUUGCCAUCGGUUUGGAUGGUUCCCUUACUAAGGCCCAGUAUCACCUAAAACACAGCAUUUCUGAGCAGAGGACCUCCUGCAGGGCUGUGGUGGAUAAUCUGUGCUUGGAACUGGAGGCAGUUCAAAACCUGCUGGGAACCAAACAGAGUGAGGCAGAAGCUCUUGGAGCCUUGCGAAGAUCUUUCAUGGAACGUAAAGAACAGCUACUCAAGAGAAUUGAAGAUACUGAGGAAAAGGCUGACAAGGAGGGCAUGAAGGAGGCAACACUGCAAGCCCUCCAGCAAAGAUUGAGGAUCUUUAACCAGUUAGAUGAAGAACUGAAUUCUCACCAGCAUGAACUCCAGUGGCUCAUGGACAAAGCGAAACAAAUAGCUCAAAAAGAUAUUACACUUGCUCCUGAGAUUGACAAAGAGAUAAAUUGCUUAGAAUCUCUGUGGGAGGAUACCAAGAAAGUUAUACAUGAAAAAAAGGAGCAGUCCUACAUUCUUAUUGAUCUGAUGAAGGAAUAUCAGAGCUUGAAGUCAGCAGUAAUGAAAGUCAUAGACAGUGCUGACAGUACUUCUGCGAUCAAAUCGAUUUGGAAGGAUCAUGAAGAUGUCAAGCGAACUUUAUCAAAGCAUGAAGCUGCCAAGAAUGAACUGAGUGAGAAACAAAAAGAGCUGGAUACUUUCACCAAUAAAGGAAAACAUUUGUUAGCAGAACUGAAAAGGGUGCAUAACUGUGACUCCACGGCGAUAAAAACAGAUAUGAACUGUACGGUGGACAAGUGGCUCGAUGUGUCUGAAAGACUUGAAGACAACAUCGACCGGCUGAGUGUAAGUGUGUCUCUGUGGGACGACAUCCUGAAAACUGGAGACGAAAUGGAUGGAUGGUGCAAUAAGUGCAUUUCGCAACUGAAUGAAGUCAUCAGCAACUUGAGUAACAGCCAGAGAAUGGAGGUCCUCCUGAAAGACUUCCAGUCUGAAGUCAAGGAUAAGGAACUGAAGUUGGAGCAGCUUAGUUCCAAGAUUUCAGAUCUCAAAGAACUGACCCAUAGUCAAGAGCCUCCUGCAGAUCUCCAGUUUAUAGAAUCAGAUUUGAGGCAGAAGUUGGAACAUGCCAAAGAAAUGUCAGAGACAGCAAAAGAGACACUGAAAGAUUUCAGUACUCAGAAGAUGCAGUUACAGAAGCUUAUUGAUCAGGUGACAGACUGGUUAACAACAGUGGAAGAGACACUGUUAAACUGUGCGUGUAACCUGGAUCCUGAGGCUCUAAAUAAAGUGAAGGAAACACAAAAGGACCUUCAGCUUCAGCAGAGCAGCAUUGACUCAACCCGUGAGAACCUUAACAGCCUGUGUCGCAAAUACCAUUCUGUAGAGCUGGAAACUCUUGGUGGCACUGUCACUUCGUUAAUAAAGAAGUAUGAAGCUGUGAAUCUGCUCUGUUCCAGAACACAGGCCAGCCUGCAAGAGUCCUUGGAAAAACAUUUCCUCCAUUCUAUGCAAGAAUUCCAGGAAUGGUUUUCUGGUGUGAAGGCUGCAGUAAAAGAAUCAUCUGACAGGUCUGGCGACAGCAAAGUCAUAGAGGCAAAACUACAUGAUUUGCAGAGUGUGCUGGAUUCUGUUAGUGAGGGACAGAACAAGUUAGAUGCUGCCUGCAAGGAAGGAGAAAGUUUGUAUGCUUGCUUACCCAAACCAGUUGUGAGCCAUAUUCAGGAGCAAAUAGCGAAGUCUAACCAGAACUUCCAGGAAUUCCUCAACCAGUGUCUGAAUGAUAAGAAGGCUCUGGAAGCUUGUGCCUCACACCUGGGAAGCUUUGAAGAUCAGCACAAGAAACUUGGCUUGUGGAUACAUGACAUGGAAGAAAGAAUAAGCACAGAAGCAUUAGGAGAGUGCAAACAGCUUAUUCCUGAGAAGAAAAAAGAGGUACAGAAAGUGGAGAAGUUCCUGGAAGAGUUACUGCAUUCAAGGGAAUCUUUUGAUAAGCUGUCCCAAAUGGCACAGGCUUUAAAUGAAGUAGGACAUGGUGCAGGGAGAGAAGUGCGUCUGGCCUCUCAACAUCUCACCAAUUACCAAAAUAUGGUCAAAAAUGUCAAGGAGAAGCUACGAAUGUGUCAGCUUGCACUCCAAGAGCAUCUCACUUUGGAGGAGGCAUUACAGAGUAUGUGGUCAUGGGUGAAAGAGGUUCAAGAUAAACUGGCAUCAUCAGAGAGCACUGUUGGUAGCAAAGCCACACUAGAGAGACGACUGACACAAAUUCAGGAGAUCCUCUUACUCAAAGGGGAUGGUGAAGUUAAACUGAACAUGGCCAUUGGCAAAGGAGAGCAAGCACUUAGAAGCAGCAAUGAGGAAGGACAAAAGGUGAUACAAACCGAGCUUCAGACACUGAAGGAUGUAUGGAAUGACAUCAUCAGCACCUCAGUGAACUGGCAGAGCUGCCUAGAGUCUGUCAUUAGCCAGUGGAAUGAAUAUCUGGAAAGGAAAAACCAGCUGGAGCAGUGGUUAGAGAAACUGGAUCACGAAGUGGAACAGCCUUUAGAACCACAGAUUGGUCUGAAGGAGAAGUUUGCUCAGCUGGACCACUUCCAGGCUAUUGUUUCUGAGAUAGAGGAUCACUCUGGUGAUUUACAGCAACUCAUUGAAAAAGCUGUGGAACUGUAUGAAAAAACAGAGGAUGAUUCUUUUGGAGAAGCAGCUCAAGAAGAACUAAAAACACAGUUUAAUGACAUCACAACAGUAGCCAAGGAGAAAAUGAGGAAAGUGGAAGACAUAGUGAAGGAUCAUUUGCUAUACGUUGAUGCUGUGCAUGAAUUCACAGACUGGCUCCAUUCUGCGAAGGAAGAGCUGCACCGCUGGUCAGACACAUCUGGAGAUACAUCAACCAUACAGAAAAAGCUGGCCAAAAUCAAUGAAACAUUGGAUGCUCUGGUAAAGUCUGAACAUAUGACAGAUGAGAUCAAAACUCAGUUAAAUGAUCUGUGUAGAUUUUCCAGAGAUUUGAGUACUCAUUCUUCAAAAGUUUCAGGGUUGAUUAAGGAGUAUAACAGCCUCUGCCUGCAAGCUUCAAAAGGAUGUCAAAGCAAAGAGCAGAUCUUGCAGCAAAGAUUUCGGACGGCUUACAGGGACUUCCAGCAGUGGCUGGUCAAUGCAAAAGUCACCACAGCCAAAUGCUUUGACGUGCCUCAAAAUAUCGGCGAAGCUUCAGCAAGUCUGCAGAAAAUACAGGAAUUCUUAUCAGAAAGUGAGAAUGGCCAACAAAAACUAAACCUGGUAGCAUCCAAAGGGGAACUGCUGUGCUCUGUUUUACCAAAGGAAAAGGCUAAAGUUAUCCAGGACAAAUCUGCUACAGCUAAAGAAGAUUGGAAAAAUUUUAUCACCACCCUCCACCGGAAGGAAUCUGCAUUGGAGAACUUAAAGAUCCAGAUGAAGGACUUCGAAGCAACUGCUGAGCCUCUGCAGGAGUGGCUGACCACAACUGAGAGCAUAGUGCAAGGAAGUAGCAGUCGGCUCCAUGAUCUUCCUUCCAAGAGGAGAGAACAGCAAAAGUUGCAGUCUGUCCUUGAGGAAAUAAGCUGCCACGAGCAUCAGCUCAACAGGCUAAAAGAGAAAGCUCAGCAGCUGUGGGAAGAGCAAGCUGUCAGCAAAAGCUUUAUGCGCAGAGUGUCUCAGUUGUCUUCUCAAUAUCUGACUCUAAGCAAUCUGACAAAGGAGAAAGUUUCCAGAAUGGAUAGGGUCGUAGCAGAGCACCAGCAGUUCUCGCACAGUGUCAAGGACCUCCAGGACUGGGUGGCUGAUGCAGUUCACAUGCUGGAUUCCUACUGUCAUCCCACUGCAGACAAGAGUGUUCUGGACAGCCGGAUGUUAAAGCUAGAGGGACUACUAGCAGUGAAACAAGAAAAAGAAAUCCAAAUGAAAAUGGUUCUGACAAGAGGAGAAUCUGUUCUGCAAAAUACUUCUCUGGAGGGACUACCAGUGAUUGAACGGCAGUUGCAAACCCUGAAGGACAGCUGGGCUUCUCUUCUGUCUGCUUGUAUCCAGUGCAAGAGUCAACUGGAAGGAGCUCUCUCCAAAUGGACAAGUUACCAGGAUGAUGUUCGUCAGUUUUCCAGCUGGAUGGAUAAAGUAGAAGCAAGUAUGAAUGCUUCUGAAAGGCAGUAUGCUGAACUGAGGGAAAAAACAGCUGCCCUCAGCAAAGCAAAGCUACUCAGUGAAGAGGUGUUGAGUCACAGCAGCCUGUUGGAGACGAUUGAAGUGAAAGGAAGUGGGAUGGCUGAGCAUUAUGUCACUCAGCUUGAACUUCAGGACCUUCAGGAGCGGUAUAAGUUCCUCAAAGACAGAACGAGGGAGGCAGUAACAAAAGCUGAAGGACUGCUUAACUUACAUCAAGAGUACCAAAGAAAUCUGAAGACCUUUGAAGUAUGGCUGGAGAAGGAACAGGAAAAACUUGACUGUUUAUCACAUCUCAAUGGUGAUGCCCAGAAACAGGAGGCAACACUCCGAGACUUACAGGAGCUGCAGAUCCACUGUGCAGAAGGACAAGCAUUAUUGAAUGCUGCUGUCCACGCUAGAGAGGAGGUGAUUCCCUGGGGCAUUCCCCAGAUAGAAGACCGAGCCCUGGAAUCCUUACGGCAGGAUUGGCAAGUUUAUCAGCACAGGCUUUCUGAAGCAAGAAGCCAAUUAAAUGCCACUGUGAGCAGACUGAGGUUAAUGGAGAAAAAAUUUCAGAAGGUUAAUGACUGGCUAACGGGUCUGGAGGAAAAAGUUGCUAUCAGGACUGGGAGGCAGUCUGGUAGAGCAACAAAGGACGUGCAGCUUCAGCAAAUGAAGAAGUGGCAUGAGGAGAUUACAAUCUACAAAGAUGAUGUGGAGGAAGUUGGGGUAUUGGCUCAGCAAAUACUAGAGGAAAGUCUCACUGCAAGUACAAUGGGAAGCCAGGCUACACAGCUCACCUCUCGCUACCAAACACUACUUCUUCAUGUUUUGGAGCAAAUAAAAUUUCUGGAAGAAGAAAUACGCUGUAUGGAGGAGUCAGAAUUAGCUUUUAGUGCUUACACAAAUUGGUACGGCGCUACUAACAAGAACUUCAGAAAUGUGAUCACCAAGUUUGACGUGGUUGAUAGAACAGCAAUGGAGAAAAAAGUGCAGAAACUAGAGCUGCUAUUGAGUGAUAUGGACAUAGGACACAGUUUACUGAAAUCUGCUCGUGAGAAGGGGGAGCGAGCUAUAAAGUACAUGGAAGAAAAUGAAGUUGACCAGUUAAGAAAAGAAAUUGGAGACCAUGUGGAACAGCUUGAAGAGCUGGCUGGCUCCAUCAGGAAAGAGCACAUGACUUCAGAGAAGUGCCUUCAGCUGGCGAAGGAGUUCUCGGACAAGUACAAGGCACAGACUCAGUGGGUCAUGGAGUACCAAACCAUGUUACAUGCUCCAGCAGAGCCAAAGAGUGAACUCUAUGAGAAGAAGGCCCAAUUAUCCAAAUACAAGUCCAUACAGCAGACUGUUCUGUCUCAUGAGCCUUCAAUAAAAUCAGUGAUUGAAAAGGGAGAAGCACUUUUUGACCUGGUAAAUGAUGUGACUCUAAAGAACAACAUUCAAGACCUUCAGAGCAGUUACCAGGAACUCUGCAGCACAACAAAGGCAUAUGUUGAAACAUUAGAGGUGAGAGUAAAAGAACAUGAGGACUACAAUAGUGAUUUGCAAGAAGGGGAGAAAUGGUUAUUACAUAUGUCCAGCAGGCUGGUCAGCCCUGAUCUCAUGGAGAGUAACAGUCUUGAAAUAAUCACUCAGCAACUAGCUAACCACAAGGCUAUCAUGGAAGAAAUUGCAGGAUUUGAAGAUCGUUUGAACAACCUUAAGAGUAAAGGUGAUUACUUGAUCGAUCAAUGCACUGAACAUCUUCAAGCAAAAUUUAAGCAAAACAUACAAAGCCACCUUCAGGGGACAAGAGACAGCUAUUCUGCCAUAUGUAGCACAGCCCAAAGGGUGUACCAGAGUCUGGAACAUGAACUCCAGAAGCAUGUUAAUCAUCAGGAUACCCUACAACAGUGCCAGACUUGGCUGUCUACAGUGCAGUCAGAGCUAAAGCCAGCUACCUGGCCACCUUUCAGCCUGGCAGAUGCAGUUAAACAGGUGAAACAUUUCCGGGCUCUGCAGGAGCAAGCCAAUACAUACUUGGAUCUUCUGUGCUCCAUGUGUGAUCUGUCAGAUGCCACAGUGAAGAAUACAGCAACAGAUAUUCAACACACAAAACAAACGAUUGAGCAACAGAUAAUGCACUCUCAGUACUUGGCUCAAGGUUGGGAAGAGAUCAAACAAAUGAAGGCUGAGCUCUGGAUAUAUUUCCAGGAUGCAGAUCAACAACUACAGAAUUUGAAGAGAAGACGAGCAGAGUUGGAGCUAAACAUUGCCCAGAACAUGGUACUGCAGGUUAAGGAAUUCAGUCAGAAGUUGCAGUCUAAGCAGUCAGCUCUUACCUCUGUGACUGAGAAGAUGAACAAACUAACCCAAGGACAGGAAUCACCUGAACACAAGGAAAUAGGAGAGCUGAGCAACCAGUGGCUGGACCUCUGCCUUCAGGCACACAGUUUGCUCAUACAGAGGGAGGAGGAUCUGCAGAGGACGGGGGAUUAUCAUGAUCGCAUGAAUGUGGUUGAAGUUUUCUUGGAAAAGCUCACAAAAGAGUGGGACAACCUGGCUAGAUCUGAUGCUGAAAGUACAAACGUGCACCUUGAAGCUUUGCAAAAAUUGGCACUGGCACUACAGGAAAGGAGAUUUGCUCUGGAAGACUUGAAAGAUCAGAAACAAAAGAUGACAGAACAUCUGAAUCUUGAUGACAAAGAAUUAGUAAAGGAGCAAUUUGGUCAUUUUGAGCAACGCUGGACUCAGCUGGAAGACCUUGUCAAAAGGAAAAUUCAAGUUUCUAUUUCAACAUUAGAAGAGCUCAAUUUGGUGCAUUCAAAAUUUCAGGAACUAAUGGAAUGGGCAGAGGAGCAGCAACCUAGUAUGUCAGAGGCUCUUAAACAGAGCCCUCCUCCAGAUUUGGCUCAGAGUCUUCUCGUGGAUCAUCUUACCAUUUGCAGUGAGCUUGAAGCCAAACAGCUUGUUCUGAAGACGCUUGUGAAGGACGCUGACAGGGUGAUGACCAACCUAGGGCUUAAUGAAAGGCAGGAGCUGCAGAAAGCACUUUCUGAUGCACAGCACCAUGUAGACUGUCUCAGUGAUCUGGUUGGCCAGAGGAGAAAGCACCUGAAUAAAGCACUGUCUGAAAAGACCCAGUUCCUUAUGGCAGUCUUUCAGGCUACAAAUCAAAUUCACCAGCAUGAAAAGAAGGUAACAUUUCCGGAACACAUUUGUCUGUUGCCAGAAGAUGUGAACAAACAGAUCAGGACUUGUAAGAAUACCCAGGCUAACCUGAAGGCCUAUCAAAAUGAAGUCACGGGGUUGUGGGCUCAAGGAAGGGAUUUAAUGAAAGAAGCCACAGAACAAGAAAAGAGUGAAGUGUUAGGUAAACUGCAAGAACUACAGAAUGUGUAUGACACUGUUUUACAAAAGUGUAACCAAAGAUUGUUAGAACUGGAGAAAAAUAUAGUUUCCAGGAAAUAUUUCAAAGAAGACUUGGAUAAAGCUUGCCAUUGGCUAAAACAAGCUGAUAUUGUCACAUUCCCAGAAAUCAAUGUAAUGAAUAGUAACUCUGAACUAUACACGCAGUUGGCAAAAUAUCAACAGAUUCUUGAGCAAACUCCAGAAUAUGAAAAUCUGUUACUUGCACUGCAAAGAGAUGGCCAAGAAAUCCUACCAUCACUUAAUGAAGUGGAUCAUUCUUAUCUGGAUGAAAAACUUAACAGUCUCCCUCAGCAGUUCAAUAUUGUCACUGCUCUGGCAAAAGAAAAAUUAUAUAAGGUUCAGGAAGCAAUUUAUGCCAGAAAAGAGUAUGCCUCUCUGAUUGAGUUGACAAGUAAAGCUCUGACUGAGCUAGAAGAUCAGUUUAUUAACAUGGACAAAGCUCCAGCUGCUGUUUUAGCCAAAGAAGCUGUGUCACUCCAGCAGGCCUACAGAGAUCUCCUAGGUGAAGUGGUGAGCCUUGGUGGAGCAGUGGAUGAACUAAACCAGAAGAAGGAGGCCUUUCGAAGCAGUGGCCAGCCAUGGCAACCAGAUGAGAUGUUAAAACUUGUCACGCUCUAUCACAAGUUGAAGAGGCAAAUAGAACAGAAAAUCAACCUGUUGGAAGACACAAUAGAAGCAUGCCAGGAGCAUGAGAAAAUGUGUGUUCAGUUUGAGGCACAACUAGAGGCAGUGAAGAAGGAGCAGAUUAAGGUAAAUGAAGAAACGCUCCCAAUAGAAGAAAAGUUGAAAAUAUACCAUUCUCUGGUGGGCAGCUUGCAAGACUCAGGGAGUCUUCUGAAGCGAAUAACUGAACAUCUAGAAGCCCUUUCUCCCCAGCUUGACUCUUCUGCAUGUGAGGCAACAAAUCACCAAGUGCAGUCUUGGCAAGAGAAACUAAAGUCUUUGCAUGCUGCCAUUGGUGACACCGUAAUGGAGUGUGAGAACAGACUUGUGCAAAGCAUAGACUUCCAGACAGAAAUCUGCCGUUCACUUGACUGGUUGAGGUGGGUGAAAACAGAACUUAAUGGAACAUUAAGUUUGGACCUCAAACUGCAAAGCAUCCAAGAAGAAAUCCGAAAAGUUCAGAUACAUCAGGAAGAAGUGCAGUCAAGCCUGAGAAUAAUGAAUGCACUGAGCAAUAAAGAGAAAGAGAGAUACAUGAAAGCAAAGGAACUGAUACCUGCUGAUCUGGAAAACACUCUUGCUGAACUGACAGAACUAGAUGGUGAAGUUCAAGAAGCUAUCCACAUGAGACAGGCUACCUUGAACAAAUUAUAUAGCCUCUGCCAAAGAUACUACCAAGUGAUGCAGCUAGCAAAUGACUGGCUUGAAGAUGCUCAGGAAUUUCUACAUUUAGCAAGAAAUGGUCUUGAUGUUGAGAACUCUGAGGAGAACCUAAGGAACCACAUUGACUUUUUCAGCACGGAAAGUCAAUUCAGUAAUCACUUGAAGGAGUUACAGGGCCUUGUGUCUGAAAUAGAGCCCUUUAUCCAAGCCACAGCAAGAGAGCAGCUGAUGCAGGAUGUAGCUGCAUUGGAGGAAAAGGCCAAAGGGACAAAGCAAGAAGCCAAAACCCAGCAAGAGCAGUUGCAAAGGUGUGCUUCUGAGUGGCAGGAGUACCAGACAGAGAGACAGAAGGUUAUUGAAGUGAUGAAUGAGGCUGAGAAAAAGUUAUCUGAAUUUUCAGUAGCUAAAGCUGCUUCUUCUCAUGAAGCAGAAGAGAAGUUGCUAACGCAUAAGACUCUUGUGUCUGUAGUGAAUUCUUUUCAUGAGAAGAUCACAACCCUAGAACAAAAAGCCUCACAGCUGGAAAAAGUUAGCAAUGAUGCCAGUAAGGCAACUAUAAGUAGAUCCAUGACAACAGUUUGGCAGCGCUGGACACGGCUCCGGAAUGUAGCCCAAGAGCAAGAGAAAAUUUUGGAAGGUGCAGUGCAGGAAUGGAAGGGCUUUAAUGAUAAGAUUCAGAAAGCCACCAUAGCAAUAGAUCAGCUACAAGGCCGCUUACCAGAAAGCUCAGUGGAAAAAGCAUCCAAGGCAGAGCUUCUGGAACUCCUGGAUUACCACAGUAGUUUCCUUCUGGAGGUAGAGCACCAGCUGUCAUCUUUGGGCCUGCUCAAACAGCAUGCUGUCAGCAUGCUUCAGGAUGUGGAAAUAAAGCCUCUGUCUCAGGAGGAGCUACCAGUUAUGCAAGAAAUCAAAGCGAUGCAAGAUCGAUGCCACAAUAUGCAACAGAAAGUGAAAAAAGGUGUGAAGAUGGUGAAACAGGAGCUGAAGGAGCGUGAGGAGGUUGAAUCAGAUAUUAAUAUUGUGAAGUCCUGGAUCCAGGAAACAAAAGAAUAUUUAUUAAGCCCUGAUGUAGAAGUGGAUACUCAACUUCAGGAGUUACAGUCUCUCCUUGGUGAAGUAACUACUCAUCGUCAGGCUGUUGAAAAACUGGCUGAACAACAACAGAAUAAGUACUUGGGGCUUUAUACCAUUUUGCCUUCUGAACUCUCUCUUCAUUUAGCAGAAGUUGGGCUGGCCCUUGUAACUGUACAAGAUCAGAUUCAAACCAAAGAAAGAGAAACUCAGCAGAUCAAAACAUUGAAUCAAGAGUUUGGUCAGAAAAUCCAGGGGAUAGCAAAUGAACUAAAUGCCAUUCUUUCCAAACUGAAAAAGAAAACAAAUGAUAUAGUACAAGCUAAAGUUGAACAAAAGAUGCUUGGUGAAGAGUUGGACAGCUGCAAUAUAAAGCUGUUGGAAUUAGAUGCAUCAGUCCAGGACUUUGCAGAGCAGAACGUACCGCUGGCGAAGCAGCUGGCUAACAGGAUAGGGAAACUCACUGCAUUGCACCAACAGACCGUGCAGCAGGCUGAGUACAGAGCAGCCAAGCUCAGUCAGGCUGCUUCACACUUGGAAGAAUACAAUGAGAUGCUGGAAUUCAUACUGAAAUGGAUCGAGAAAGCAAAUAUCCUAGUGCACGGUAGUAUAACAUGGAAUUCUUCCUCUCAGCUUCGUGAUCAGUUUAAAGCCUACCAGACUAUGCUUGAUGAGUCCGGAGAGAUUCAUGGUGAUCUUGAGGCCAUGAGUGAAAGGAUUGAGUAUCUGGCAAGCGUAUACUGUACUGAAGGAAUGUCACAGCAAGUGCUGGAACUGGGGCGGCGAACAGAGGAAUUACAGCAAGUUAUCAAAGUGCGGCUACCAAAUCUCCAAGAUGCUGCCAAGGACAUGAAGAAAUUUGAAGUUGAGCUGAGAGCCCUGCAGGCCGCUCUGGAGCAAGCCCAAGCCACACUGACGUCUCCAGAGCUCGGGCAUUUGAGCUUGAAAGAGCAACUUUCUCACAGACAGCAUCUGUUGUCUGAAAUGGAGUCACUGAAGCCAAAAGUUCACGCAGUACAAGUCUGUCAGAGCGCCCUGAGGAUUCCUGAGGAGGUGGUCACCAGCCUGCCAAUGUGCCACAGCGCCCUUCGGCUCCAGGAGGAGGCCAGCCGCCUGCAGCACACCGCCAUUCAGCAGUGCAACAUCAUGCAGGAAGCAGUGGUUCAGUACGAGCAAUACGAGCAAGAAAUGAAACACUUACAACAAAUGAUAGAGGGUGCCCAUCGUGAGAUCCAAGACAAGCCAAUAGCAACCGGCAACAUCCAGGAACUCCAGGUCCAGAUUUCACGUCAUGAGGAGCUGGCUCAGAAGAUCAAAGGAUACCAGGAGCAAAUUGCUUCUUUGAAUUCGAAGUGCAAGAUGCUGACAAUGAAAGCAAAGCAUGCCACCAUGCUGCUGACAGUGACAGAAGUGGAGGGGCUUUCGGAGGGAAUGGAGGAGCUGGAUUCAGACCUGCUGCCAGCACAUCCCGCUCAUCCCUCGGUGGUUAUGAUGACUGCUGGUCGCUGUCACACGCUGCUCUCCCCUGUCACUGAGGAGUCUGGGGAGGAGGGAACCAACAGUGAGAUUUCUUCUCCACCUGCCUGUCGCUCUCCCUCGCCUGUGGCUAAUACAGAUGCUUCUGUUAACCAGGACAUUGCUUAUUACCAAGCCUUAUCUGCUGAGCAGUUGGCCUUAUCUGCUGAACAGUUGCAGACAGAAGCUGCUAAAAUUCAACCCAGCACUUCAGCCACCCAGGAGUUUUAUGAAGCAGGCUUAGAAUCAGCUGCUAGUGCCAAACUGGAUGAUUUGCAGCGUUCUUGGGAAACGCUGAAAAAUGUGAUCAGUGAAAAGCAGCGCACCCUCUAUGAAGCUCUUGAGCGUCAACAGAAAUAUCAGGACACACUCCAGUCGAUAUCCACAAAAAUGGAGACCACUGAGAUCAAACUAAAUGAGAGUCUGGAACCAGCCAAAAGCCCGGAGAGCCAGAUGGCUGAACAUCAGGCUUUGAUGGAUGAGAUUUUAAUGUUACAAGAGGAAAUCACUGAGCUUCAGACAUCAUUAGCCCAGGAACUGGUUUCAGAACCACUGGAUGCAGAAACUGCUGAUCAGCUGGCAUUGCAGUCCACUCUCAUGGUCUUGGCAGAACGAAUGGCCACAAUUCGAAUGAAGGCAUCAGGAAAACGCCAACUGUUAGAGGAAAAACUGAGUGAGCAGCUGGAAGAACAGCGGCAAGAGCAGGCGCUUCAAAGGUAUCGUUGUGAAGCUGAUGAGCUUGACCAUUGGUUACUCAAUACCCGAGCAACACUGGACACAGCUCUGGUUACAGCUGAGGAACCUAUGGACAUGGAAGCACAGCUGGUAGACUGUCAGAACAUGUUGGUUGAAAUAGAGCAGAAGGUGGUAGCCUUGUCAGAGUUGUCAGUGCACAACGAGAACUUGGUUAUGGAGGGGAAGGCUCACACCAAGGACGAGGCAGAGCAGCUGGCUGUGAAGCUCAGGACGCUGAAGGGCAGCCUUCUGGAGCUGCAGAGAGUGCUCCAUGACAAACAGAUCAACAUUCGGGGAUCAUUACAAGAAAAGGAGGAGAGUGAUCUGGACUUCGUUUCCUCACAAAGCCCCAGUGUCCAAGAAUGGCUGGCACAAGCAAGAACCACUCGUUCACAGCAGCAGCAGAGCACCCUGCAACAACAAAGAGAACUGGAACAAGAGCUAGAAGAGCAGAAGAAUCUGCUUCGGUCAGUAGCAUGCCGUGGAGAAGAAAUCCUAACACAGCACAGUGCUCCAGAAGGCCUAUGUAUAAGGUGUGCUUUCACGUGUUCUUCUGCAAAUGAGAAGCCUGAUACGCUCUCUGAGGAAUUAGGCUUGGAAGGUGAGAAGCCAUCAUCUGAAGAACAGAUGAAGAUGAAAUGGGAAAGCCUAAACCAGGAGUUCAAUACCAAGCAGAGACUGCUCCAGAAAGCUUUGGAACAAGAACAGCUGCUGUAUAGCAGACCGAACAGACUGCUAUCUGGAAUGCCUUUGUAUAAGGAGGAAGGGCAGGAUGAAGAUAAAGCCUCAGUGUCACCAGUAUUGGCUGAAUUGAAUAAGGCCUUUGAAGAUGUGUCAUCUGAGGCUGGACGGGUGGAGGAGAGCCUGCAUCUUGAACAGAAGCUGUAUGAGGGUGUUGCAACCACCUCCUUGUGGCUAGAUGGUGUGGAAGAGCAGGUCUUUGUUGAUACAGCUCUGUUGCCAGAGGAGGAAACAGAAACAUAUCUCUGCAAGCAAGAGUCUCUUGCCAAAGAAAUUAAAGAGAUAACAGAAGAAAUGGAUAAGAACAAGAAUUUAUUUGCUCAGAUAUUUCCUGAGAAUGGUGAUAAUGGGGUUAUUAUAGAAGACACUUUGGAUUGUCUCCUGAGAAGACUGACCUUGCUGGAGUCAGUAGUAAACCAGAGAUGCCAUCAGAUGAAAGAAAGGCUCCAGCAAAUAGUGUCUUUCAAGAAUGACCUGAAGCUUCUGUUUACAUCUGUGGCUGAUAACAAAUAUUUAGUUCUACAGAAACUAGCAGAGGCAGCUGAAAGACCAGAAACAGAACAAAUGCAGGUCAUACUGCAGGCAGAAGAAGGUUUGAAGGAACUAGAUACUGGAAUCAAUGAAUUAAAGAAGCAUGUAGACAAGCUACAAAUUGACCAACCUUCUGUGCAAGAGCUGUCUAAGAUCCAGGAUAUGUAUGAUGAGCUGAUGAUGAUCAUUGGAUCCAGACGGAGUGACCUGAAUCAGAAUCUGGCUCUUAAGAGGCAGUAUGAACGGGCUUUGCAGGACCUGGCUGACCUGUUAGAAACAGGCCAAGAAAAGAUGGCUGGUGACCAGAAAAUGAUUGUUGCCUCUAAGGAAGAGGUGCGAUCGCUACUUGACAAACAUAAGGAAUAUUUUCAGGGGUUGGAGUCUCACAUGAUCCUUACAGAAACGCUCUUCAGAAAGAUGAGUAGCUUUGAGCUCUUGAAGGAAACUCGGUCACAUUCAGAGCUAAUGACACAAGCUUCCGCUGUAUUAAAGCUGGCUCAUAAACGAGGUGUGGAGCUGGAAUACAUUCUAGAGACCUGGAUGCGUCUGGAUGAAGAUUACCAGGAACUUACUAAACAGCUGGAAUCUGUUGAAGGUAGCAUCCCCACUGUUGGUUUGGUGGAAGAGACGGAGGACAGGCUUACAGACCGGAUUGCACUUUUUCAGCAUUUGAGAUCUAACCUGACUGAAUACCAACCUAAGUUAUACCAAGUGCUAGAUGAUGGGAAAAGGCUCCUUUUUUCUGUUAGCUGCUCAGAUCUCGAAAGUCAACUGAACCAACUAGGAGAACACUGGUUAAGUAACUCCAGCAAGGUUACCAAGGAGCUUCACAGACUGGAGACAAUACUGAAGCACUGGACAAGAUAUCAGAGUGAAUCAAGUGAACUGACACAUUGGUUACAGUCUGCAAAGGAGCGACUUGAGUUUUGGAGCCAGCAGUCUUUGACAGUUCCUCAGGAACUGGAAACAGUCCGAGACCACUUGAACUCCUUUUUGGAGUUUUCAAAAGAGGUGGAAGCUAAAUCAUCACAGAAAUCUUCUGUCCUGAGUACUGGGAACCAGCUCCUCAGGCUGAAGAAGGUGGAUACAGCAGCAUUGCGUGCGGGAUUGUCCCACAUUGACAGUCAGUGGACAGAGCUGCUCACACAAAUCCCAGCAGUACAAGAGAAAUUGCACCAGCUCCAGAUGGACAAAAUUCCUUCUCGCCAUGCUAUCACUGAAGUUAUGAGCUGGAUUUCCCUGAUGGAAAAUGUCAUUCAGCAAGAUGAAGAGAAUAUAAAAAAUGUAGUAGGACAGAAAGUCAUUCAGGAUUAUGUCAAGAAGUACAAGGGUUUCAAGAUAGAUUUAAAUUGCAAACAGUUGACGGUAGACUUUGUGAACCAAUCAGUGCUACAAAUUAGCAGCCAGGAUGUUGAAAGUAAACGUAGCGACAAAACUGAUUUUGCAGAACAGCUUGGAGCAAUGAACAGACGUUGGCAAAUUCUGCAAGGCCUGAUAACGGAAAAGAUCCAGCUAUUGGAAAGUCUGCAGGAAUCCUGGACAGAAUAUGAAAAUAAUGUGCAGUGCCUAAAAACCUGGUUUGAAACCCAAGAGAAGAAGCUGAAACAGCAACAGAAAAUUGGAGACCAGGCUUCAGUACAGAAUGCUUUGAAAGACUGUCAGGAAUUAGAAGAAUCAAUAAGAACAAAGGAAAAAGAAGUAGAAAAUGUAGAACAGAGUGGUCUUUCUUUGAUACAGAACAAGAAGGAAGAAGUCUCUUCUGUUGUUAUGAAUACAUUGCAAGAAAUUAACCGUUCCUGGGCCAAUUUGGAUCACAUGGUUAGCCAACUGAAGAUAUUGUUGCAAUCUGUUCUUGAUCAGUGGAGCAUUUACAAAGUGGCUUAUGAAGAACUGAAUAGUUACCUGACUGAAGCCAGAUACUCUUUGUCCCGUUUUUAUCUUCUCACUGGUUCUUUGGAAGCUGUGAAAGUCCAAGUUGAUAAACUUCAGAGCCUGCAAGAUGAACUGGAAAAGCAAGAAAAUACCUUACAGAAAUUUGGUUCUGUGACCAAUGAAUUACUGAAGGAAUGUCACCCACCAGUGACUGAAACACUUACCAACACUUUGAAAGACAUGAAUAUGAGGUGGAACAACCUUCUGCAGGAGAUUGCAGAGCGGCUGCGUGCGAGUAAGGGCCUCCUACAGCUGUGGCAGAGGUACAAGGACUGUUACCAGCAGUGCUCUUCCACAGUCCGUCAGCGGGAAGACCAGACCAAUGAACUCCUGAAGACUGCCACCAGCAAAGACAUUGCUGAUGAUGAAGUUACUACUUGGAUUCAGGACUGCAAUGAUAUACUCAUGGAUUUGAAGACAGCGCAGGAGUCACUGGUUGUUCUUCAAGAACUGGGAGAGGAGCUAAAAAGCCAGGUGGAAGCUUCAGCAGCAGCAGCUAUACAGUCUGAUCAUCUUUCUCUGAACCAGAGUCUGUCAACCCUAGAACAGUCUCUCCGCAAGCAACAGGCUGUACUUCAGGCUGGAGUGCUGGACUAUCAAACUUUUGCCAAGAACCUUCAAGUCCUUGAAGCCUGGAUAACAGAAGCAGAAGAAAUAUUGAAAGGACAGGAUCCCAGUCACUCAUCUGAUCUCUCAGCAAUACAGAGUAGAAUGGAGGAACUCAAGAAUCAGAUGUUGAAGUUCAGCAGCAUGACCCCAGAUUUGGACCGUCUUAAUGAGCUGGGUUACAGGCUUCCUCUGAAUGAUAAAGAAAUCAAAAGGAUGCAGAACCUGAACAGACAUUGGUCUCUGAUCUCGUCUCAGACAACAGAGAGAUUCAGUAAGCUGCAGUCUUUCUUGCUGCAGCAGCAGACCUUCUUGGAGAAAUGUGAGACUUGGAUGGAUUUAUUAGUUCAGACUGAGAAGAAGCUGGCGGCAGAGAUUUCAGGAAACUACCAGAGCCUAUUGGAACAACAGAGGGCACAUGAGCUAUUCCAGGCAGAGAUGUUCAGCCGCCAGCAGAUUUUGCAUUCAAUUAUCUCUGACGGGCAGCACCUCCUAGAACAAGGACAGGUGGAUGACAGGGAUGAAUUUAAUCUGAAGCUGACUCUUCUAAGUAAUCAAUGGCAAGGAGUAAUUCGCCGGGCACAACAGAGGAGGGGGAUCAUUGACAGCCAGAUUCACCAGUGGCAACGCUAUAGGGAGAUGGCAGAGAAGCUGCGCAAGUGGCUGGUGGAAAUAUCCUGUCAGCCAGUGAGUGGGCUGGGCAGCGUUCCUAUCCCAUUGCAGCAAGCCAGAGCUCUACUGGAUGAAGUGCAGCUUAAAGAGAAAGUUCUCCUAAGGCAGCAAGGGAGUUAUAUCCUCACUGUGGAAGCUGGGAAGCAACUGCUGCUCUCUGCUGACAGUGGAGCUGAGGCAUCCCUGCAGACAGAGCUCACUGAAAUUCAGGAGCGCUGGAAGAUAGCAAGCACUCAGCUGGAGCAACAAAAGAAGCAACUUGCUUUGCUACUGAAAGACUGGGAAAAAUCUGAAAAGGGUAUAGGAGACUCCCUGGAGAAGCUAAGAUCAUUCAAAAAAAAGCUGUCUCAGCCUUUGCCAGAACACCAUGAUGAGUUGCAUGCAGAGCAGAUUCGUUGCAAGGAGUUAGAGAAUGCUGUGGAAGGAUGGACAGAUGACCUUGCACACCUCUCUCUGCUGAAGGAGACCCUGUCAAUGUAUAUCAGCGCAGAUGAUAUCUCAAUCCUCAGCGAGCGCAUAGAGCUUCUGCACAGGCAGUGGGAGGAGCUGUGCCACCAGGUCUCCUUACGUCGACAACAAGUUAGUGAGAGACUGAAUGAGUGGGCUGUCUUCAGUGAGAAGAACAAGGAGCUCUGUGAGUGGCUGACACAAAUGGAAAGUAAGGUUUCUCAAAAUGGCGACAUCCUCAUAGAAGAAAUGAUUGAGAAACUUAAAAAGGAUUAUCAAGAGGAAAUUGCUGUAGCCCAGAAGAACAAAAUCCAGCUCCAGCAAAUGGGAGAGCGACUUGCAAAAGCCAGCCAUGAGAGCAAAGCAUCAGAGAUUGAGUAUAAACUUGGCAAGAUCAAUGACAGGUGGCAACAUCUUCUAGAUCUUAUUGCAGCCAGGGUAAAGAAGUUGAAGGAGACCCUCGUUGCAGUGCAGCAGCUGGAUAAAAACAUGAGUAGCCUGAGAUCUUGGCUUGCCCACAUUGAGUCAGAGCUGUCCAAACCUAUCGUCUAUGAAACUUGUAACUCUGAGGAGAUACAAAGGAAGCUAAAUGAACAGCAGGAACUUCAGAGGGACAUAGAGAAACACAGCACUGGAGUGGCAUCUGUUCUCAAUCUGUGUGAAGUGCUUCUUCAUGACUGCGAUGCUUGUGCCACAGAAGCAGAGUGUGACUCUAUCCAGCAGGCUACUCGCAAUCUGGACAGAAGGUGGAGGAACAUUUGUGCAAUGUCAAUGGAAAGGCGACUUAAAAUUGAAGAGACGUGGCGGCUCUGGCAAAAGUUUUUGGAUGACUACUCUAGAUUUGAAGACUGGCUAAAAAUCUCUGAGAGGACAGCUGCUUUUCCAAGCUCCUCUGGUGUGCUUUACACGGUUGCUAAGGAAGAACUGAAGAAAUUUGAGGCCUUCCAGAGACAAGUGCAUGAAAGUCUGACCCAGCUGGAACUGAUCAAUAAACAAUAUCGCCGCCUGGCCCGAGAGAACCGCACUGACUCUGACUGCAGCCUCAAGCAGAUGGUUCAUGAGGGGAACCAGAGAUGGGACAACUUACAAAAGCGAGUUACCUCCAUCCUGCGCAGGCUAAAACAUUUUAUCGGCCAGCGUGAGGAGUUUGAGACAGCACGUGACAGCAUCCUGGUAUGGCUAACAGAGAUGGACCUGCAGCUGACCAACAUUGAGCAUUUCUCAGAAUGUGAUGUCCAAGCAAAGAUUAAGCAACUUAAGGCUUUCCAGCAAGAAAUUUCACUGAACAACAACAAAAUCGAGCAGAUAAUUGUGCAGGGUGAACAACUCAUUGAGAAAAGUGAGCCCAUGGAUGCAGCUGUCAUUGAAGAAGAACUAGAUGAGUUGCGUCGUUACUGUCAGGAGGUCUUUGGACGUGUGGAACGCUAUCACAAGAAACUUAUCCGCCUUCCUCUGACAGAUGACGAACACGACCUCUCUGACAGAGAGGUGGAUCUGGAUGAAUCAGCAGAUCUUUCUGACAUACACUGGCAUGACAAAUCUGCGGACAGCAUUCUCUCCCCGCACCCCUCUUCCAACCUUUCGCUGCCUCUUUCCCAGCCGGUGAGAAGCGAGCGAUCAGGGCGAGAUACCCCUGCGAGCGUGGACUCCAUUCCCCUGGAGUGGGAUCAUGACUACGACCUUAGCAGAGACCUGGAGACGGCCGUUUCACGGGCACUGCACUCUGAGGAGGAAGAUGGAGGACAAGAGAAGGACUUCUAUCUGAGAGGAGCAGCUGGUAUAGCAGGAGAACCUGGUGCCUUGGAAGCACAUAUCCGACAGCUGGACAAGGCCUUAGACACCAGUCGUUUCCAAAUACAGCAAACAGAAAACAUCAUCCGCAGCAAAACACCUACAGGACCGGAGCUGGAUUCCAGUUACAAAGGAUAUAUGAAGCUCCUAGGUGAGUGCAGUGGAAGCAUAGACUCAGUAAAAAGGCUUGGAUAUAAACUGAAGGAGGAAGAAGAAAAAUUGUCUGGACUUAUUAACCUGAACAGUACUGAAACACAAACAGCUGGUGUAAUUGACCGAUGGGAAUUAAUCCAGGCACAAGCUCUAAGCAAGGAGUUGAGGAUGAAGCAGAACCUUCAGCAAUGGCAGCAAUUUAACUCCGACCUUAAUAGCAUUUUGGCUUGGUUGGGAGAAACUGAAGAGGAACUGGAGAAGCUCCGCCGACUUGAUCUCAGCACUGACAUACAGACUAUUGAAGUCAGAAUUAAAAAACUGAAAGAUCUGCAGAAAGCAAUUGAUAACCGCAAAGCGAUCAUCUUAUCCAUCAAUCUGUGCAGCUCAGAGUUCACUCAGUCUGACAGCGAAGAGAGCAAGAAGCUUCAAGAGUGCUUGUCUCAGAUGAAUGUGCGCUGGGACCACGUAUGCAGCAUGAUCGAAGAGUGGCGCUGCUCGUUGCAGGAUGCAUUAAUGCAGUGCCAGGAUUUCCAUGAAAUGAGCCAUGGUUUGCUGCUUUGGUUAGAGAAUAUUGACAGAAGAAAAAAUGAGAUUGUGCCUGUCAAUCCAAACCUGGAUUCAGAAACGCUGCAGGAUCAUCACAGACUUCUAAUGCAAAUCAGACGUGAACUGCUGGAGUCUCAGCUGAAGGUGGCAUCGCUGCAAGACAUGUCCUGCCAAUUGCUAGUCAAUGCUGAAGGCAAGGACUGUCUUGAAGCCAAAGAAAAGGUGCAUGUUAUUGGAAACAGACUGAAGGUCCUAUUGAAAGAGGUCACACGUCAUAUUAAAGACCUAGAGAAAAUUCUAGACAUUUCAAGUAGUCAACUGGAAUUGUCCUCAUGGUCCUCUGCUGAUGAAUUAGACACAUCAGGCUCAGUGAGUCCUGUAUCUGGAAGAAGCACUCCAAGCAGACAGAGAACGCCACGGGGCAAAUGUAGUCUCUCACAGCCUGGACCCUCUGUCAGCAAUCCACAUAGCAGGUCCACAAGAGGUGGCUCAGGUUCCUGCCCUUCUGAGGCUGGGCCAACGUGGCAGCGCCCGUCCUUCUUCCUCAGAGUCCUCAGAGCUGCUCUGCCACUUCAGCUCCUCUUGCUGCUGCUGAUCGGGCUGGCUUGCCUGGUGCCAAUGACCAAGGAGGACUACAGCUGUGCUAUGGCCAACAACUUUGCCCGCUCUUUCCACCCCAUGCUAAAAUACGUGAAUGGCCCACCUCCAUUAUGAAGGAGACUCAUGAGACAGCGGGUGACCUUGCUGGAGUGCUAGCUGGGAGGCAGGAUGGUUUUAAAGGGUGUCAGAAUUCAGUGUGGCAGCUUUACCUACCUGCUGUAACCACUGCUGUGUCCAUAUCAUUCUCUGCUGGCACUCAGCUAGUAACGCAUCAGUGUAUCGGUAUCAAACUGCACAACGUAUUACCUGAGUAGCAUCAUUUCAAUACUCGCAUCCUGGGUACUAAGGAGGAUGUGAUGUGUAUGAGGGAAAUGUCCUUCUGUCCAGCAUUCUGGAUCUUUUAGCCACUUUAUAUCCAGGUCAUUGCCCUGUACUAUGCAUAGCCAAGGACUUGAUACUGUAGAUCCUUUCCUGUGUGCUGCUCUAAAUGAGCCAUUAGCCAGUCUUUGUUAUAAACCCUCUCAGUAUCUACAGUAUACAAAAUAACCAAUGCUAAAGAAAUUUUAGAGCGUUUGUAACAUACAAUUUUAAAGGAUCUUAUAU